CGAACAAGAUGAGACGGUGAUAGAGGUUUGGGCCCGUUUAGUAAAUCAGCCAAGUUAAAACCCUGUAAAGCUCGGUAUCGUUUGCACCGAGUCCAUCAAUAAACCCCGAUCUGGGUUUCUCUCUCUCUCUCUUCGUUCGUUCUGUUGCUAUACUAGGGGAACCCAGAGAGUGUAGAAAUGUCGCGUUUCAAGAAACUCCCAGCUGCAACUAGGGCGGCGGCGGAGAAGCCGGAAAACCGGCGUCCGAGCAGCGCCGACCGGUCUGCAUACUUUGCCCGGAGAGAGGCGGCGAAGGUAUUGCGGACCGUUCUCCAAGGAGAUGCCAAGCGCAGAGCAGUGGGUUCGAUCAAGUCGCUCGUGUAUAGCCCCUCGGUCAGAAACAAGAGAGGCACUUUCGCUUUGGUUUGCGAAACGCUCAAGUAUCUUUCAAUAAUCAAGGAGGUUUUGGGCUCUGCUAAUGUACUGAAUAGCAAGUGGAAGAGGCAAGGGGAAUUGAUAUACACAGUCACGUAUGAUAUUCUUUUUGGCCAGGCAGCUUCAUUAGUUGGGGAUGCGGAGAAGUUUCUCUUGCUACGGAAAGAUGCUCUGCAGUCAGCUCUAGCUCAGCUUUUAGUGAGGAAGGGCAUGAAAGACAUUAAAGAUUUGACGGCUUGUCAAAAAUUUCCGGAUAUUUCAAAACCUCGCUAUGUUCGUGUAAAUACUCUGAAAUUGGAUUUGAAGUCAGCCUUGCAGGAAUUGGGGAAGCAAAACAAGGUUCACGAGGAUGACAUGGUUCCUGAUUUGUUAGAACUUCCUCCAGGUGUUGACCUGCAUAAUCAUCCUUUGGUCCUCAAUGGCAGUGUCUUUAUGCAAGGUAAGGCAAGUUCCAUGGCAGCUGCAGCCCUUCAGCCUGAACCUGGAUGGGAGGUUCUGGAUGCUUGUGCAGCACCAGGGAACAAAACUGUACACCUCGCUGCGCUGACGCACGGAAAGGGUAAAAUUUUAGCUUGUGAACUUCACAAGGAAAGAGUUCAACGUUUGAAGGAAACUAUCAAUUUGGCUGGGGCUGCUAACGUGGAAGUGCUAAAUGAAGACUUCCUGAACUUGAAUCCAAAACAUACGUCAUAUUCAAAGGUUCGUGCAAUUCUCUUAGAUCCUUCAUGCUCUGGAUCCGGGACUUCUGCUGUUAGAUUGGAUCAUCUACUCCCUUCACAUGGCGCAGGAAAUGAUGAUGCUGGCAUCAAUCGAUUGAGAAAGCUCCAAGCUUUUCAGAAAAAGGCUCUGGCACAUGCGCUAUCGUUUCCAGCAGUUGAGAGACUUGUUUACAGCACGUGCUCUGUACACCAGAUUGAAAAUGAGGACGUCAUUAAAUCUGUUCUACCGCUUGCUUUGUCUUUGGGUUUUCAACUGGCAACUCCAUUUCCCCUGUGGGCACGCCGUGGGCUCCCUGUUGUUGAAGGAUCGGAACAUUUGCUUCGUACCGAUCCUGCAGAGGACAAAGAAGGCUUCUUCAUUGCACUAUUUAUAAGGAAGAGCACCAUUGCAGAAAACAGGCCAGAAAGAAGACCCAGCAGCAGCACCACCACCACCGCCACUUCAGAAGCUAUUUGUUCAGAGAAAUCAAGUAUUUCUUCUGUGAAGAAGAAACAAAGAAACAAGUAUAAGCUUCAUCUCUACUGUCCCUCGGCUAAAUUGUCCAGAAUGUGGCUGCAUCCUCGGUACCUAGCGCGCAAAAGGGCAACCCGGAUUUAGUUUAUUUUUAUCCAUUGUUUUGUUAGUUAAGAAAGUAAAAUUUGACAUUAUUCUGAAUAUUUUGAAAUUGCGAUUGUUUCAGUUUACUAAUUUUUCCGAUUAUUCAGUUAUAUGGUAACCACUUAGUCUCCUCACCA